AUGACAUAUAGCCAGAUGAAUGUUGGAUUUUCUGUAAGAAAUACGUAGGUACUGAGGUACUUACUAAAGCUGUCCCGCAUUAAGUCAGCCAUCGACGGGCAUUAAUUGGAGAAACCUUAUGCAUGCAUGCAUGCGCUACUCGAGUUUCACGCGUUUCGAGGAAAGCGAUAGCGAUAAACUAGGCAAUCGCCCUAACAAAUAUAUCCUUGGAUAUCUAAGUAUUAAGCGUAUCUAAACUUAUCGUUAAUACAUCCUACUCCACCACUAGAGAAAGAUCACCACUCCCUAUCACGCGAGCGUCUCGAGCUUUCAUGCAUGCCUUCUUUUGAACAACCCCUACAAGAGUCCGCAAGUCCUCUUGUUCGAUCAGAGGUUGCCAUCACGUCCGACCAUGACCCCGCCAUGAGUGAUCAAAAACCCGCGGAUCCGCUACCUACUUCACCGACCGUCACAACUGUCUCGUCGGACUUAGAACAUGUCGAGGCUUCGAGGAAACAAAAAGAUGACGAGACCGACGCAGGCGUACCAGGGCCAAGCGCCUUGGACGGUCAGCCGGCUCAGAGUCAAGAUCAGAACAUCCUAAUAGACCUUCCCAAAGACAAGGUUCCAACAGAUCGAAGAACCAACAAAGGAAAGAAUACAGAGGUGGAAGAUGGGCUAAUUAAUAAUAUACACCAAGAAGCGACGCCUGAUGUCCCAGUCGACCCUAUGGAAUCCUCUGUCGCAACUAUCAAGCCUGCGAAACCGCAAUACCUAACAAUUACACCAGUUCCUUACGUCGACCCGACUCCUCCAACUCCAGAAGGGUCCCAACCCCCAUCGAGAACCAACUCCGCCCAUAGAUCGAGGGGACACGGGUUAGAACCAUCGCCGACUCGAUCCGAUGCUGGCUACGACGAGAGGCGUUAUCCGAGCGAAGAUGAACAGGAGGGGACCUCUCGUUCAGAAAUUCAAAGUAUUAUGGAGCAAUUUCCUGAAGAUGGCGGUGGCCCGGGAGAAGCCGAAGUGAUGAGUCCACGACUGGAAAUUACUUCACCGCUUUUAGGUAGCCCUUCGAUACAACACCCACCACGAAAGUCCAGCCUCGAGCCCCUUGCUCCGAGUAUUGCUCAGCAGUUGCAAGAGAUGCAAGGCUUAAGACUCUCAAAUACGUCUCCGACCAGCACACGAUCAAAGGAUAAGUUGAUUGAAAUCGAUGAUCAAGGCCCGCCCGUCCCUCCGAAAGAUGGUCCGUCGGACGAGAGAGGCUUCCCUGCGGAUUCACAGGCUUCAUCCGCAGCACCACUACAUCGACCACCGCCGCCCGAACCCGAGCCCGAACCAGUGCUUCCGUUUGAUUUCCAUCGAUUUUUAGAGCAGUUGAAACAUAAAAAAGCUGAUCCCGUAGCGAGAUAUCUCAAGUCGUUCCUAUCGGAAUUCGCGAAACGUCAGUGGAUGGUUCACGAGCAAGUCAAGAUCAUCAGUGAUUUCCUUGCCUUCAUCGCCAAUAAAAUGGCCCAAUGUGAGGUAUGGAGCGAAGUAUCAGACGCGGAGUUUGAUAACGCCAGAGAAGGAAUGGAGAAGCUUGUUAUGAAUAGACUUUAUACGCAGACCUUUUCACCCGCAAUACCUCCUCCCCAACCUAUCCCCGGCGCGAAACCGAAGCGCCGCGGAGGAGAUCGACCGAUGGGACCAGGACGACGUGGACAGCACCAAGAAGACGUAGAGAGAGAUGAAAUCCUAGCACAGAAAAUCGGCAUAUAUGGUUGGGUUCGAGAGGAACAUCUAGAUAUUCCGCCCUCCAGCGAUAGCGGCAAAAGAUUUCUCGCUCUGGCUCAGCAGGAACUUCUUAAAAUUAAGUCCUACCGAGCACCGCGAGAUAAAAUCAUCUGUGUUCUCAAUUGUUGCAAAGUCAUAUUCGGACUCCUCAAACAUAAUAAGUCGGACUCUUCCGCCGACUCCUUCAUGCCGCUUUUGAUCUAUGUUGUAUUACGGUCCAAUCCUGACCACCUAGUUUCUAAUGUUCACUACAUCCUGCGAUUUCGGAACCAGGAAAAACUCGGGGGAGAAGCUGGAUAUUAUCUAUCAUCCCUUAUGGGUGCCAUCCAGUUCAUUGAGAAUAUGGACCGUACCACUCUAACCAUAUCAGAUGAAGAAUUCGACAAGAACGUAGAGGCAGCCGUAUCUGCCAUCGCAGAGAAGCAUCGAGCAGAGGAGCCACCCGUAUCACCCCAACCACAACAGUCGGAAAAAUCCGGGCUAUAUCCUCCAGGGACGUCUUCCGCGCGCCCAUCUCUCGACCUGGAUGGAUCGAGCGCGUCGCGUAGAUCCACCUCGUCCAAUGAAGGCAACGAUUCGAGUGAAGAAGGCCCGGCAAUCUCUGGACUACUCCGUUCAAUACAGAAGCCCCUGUCGUCCAUCGGCCGCAUAUUUUCAGAAGAUACUAGUGGUGCCGGUCCCAGUUCUCCCAACCGUUUACCUCCACAGGAUACUUCCUCGCGACUUAGCCCGCGACCCAGCAUCGAGACUCGACAUUCAAUGGACGUGCGCCAGCGUCUCUCCGCCGAAGAAGCCGCCGCAAGACAGGCGAGUGCUGAAGUUGCUGAAGCUCAGAGGAUACACCGAGCAGAACACAACACCGUCGUGGAGACCCUUGCUGGAAUGUUCCCGGAUUUAGACCGAGAUAUUAUUAGUGAUGUUGUUUAUCAGAAAGAGGGAAGGGUUGGUCUCGCAGUCGAUGCAUGUCUUGCCUUAAGCGCAUGAUUAUGAUAUAAAGAACGGUGAAAUAGGACUCCAUAGAGCGACGAUGAAUUGAAAUGGAGCAGGAACGUAAAUUAGAUAUCUUCAAAUAGUCGAAAUGGGCAUAUGAGGUGUUAACGUCAUCGUCCUCAUAUGUCGCCUUCAACUCGGUGAUACUCGCAUUUUAGGUGCUACCCCUAUCCAAAAGACUUAAUCGUGAAUGAAGGUAUACCCCGCAGUAACAUCUACUAAGUACCUAGGUAUACUCGAUCAAGUAAUCCUACCCCUAUAACCAUUUUUAAGAUACUAGUCGAAUAGUCGGGUAGAGGGAGUUGCCCGUUACGACAUUGUGCGCAUU